AUGGAAAUAAAUUUAAAAAAACCCCAACUUGGACCUACGAAACUUUUUCGUGUUAUUGAUAUACCACAAAACGAUUAUAGUAUACCUACAAAUGAGUCGUCCAAUAGAUAUGUACCAUAUGGUAAAUAUAAAGGAAAAACGUACAUAUAUGUUGAAGGAGAAGAACCAGAUGAUUAUCUUCGUGAUAUAUCUUCCUCUGAUAUUACUUCAUCAGAAAGUGAAUAUGAAGAGAUUGAUAUCAAUGAUAUAUAUCCAUAUAAAUCACCUAAAUAUAAAACUUUAAUUGAAGUAGUACUAAAACCAAGUAGCAAAACAACAUAUGAUGAUACAUCUAAGUACCAAAAUGAUAGUAGUAAUAAACUUACAAAUGAAGAGUGGAAUGAACUAAAAGAGGAUUUUAUAUCGCAAUAUUUACAAAAUAUACCAAAGGAUUUACCUAAUGAAAAUAUCAUUGAUGAUAAGAUCUAUAUGGAUACACAACCUAACAUUGUUGAUAGUAGUAUGGAGGAAAAACCUUUUAUUACAUCCAUUCAAGAUAGAGUUUUAUAUGGUGAUAGCGAAAAUAUAUAUAAUAUUAAUUGGAAUAUACCAAAAAAUAUUAGCUCUAAUACUACAGAUUAUCCAAAAUAUGUUACAUCAAACGACAAAUAUUCUGGAAUUGAUCUAAUUAAUGAUUCGUUAAAUAAUGAUCAACAUAUUGAUAUAUAUGAUGAGUUGUUAAAACGAAAAGAAAAUGAAUUAUAUGGAACAAAACAUACUAAACAUACAUCAACAAAUAGAAUUGCAAAACCAAUAAGUAUUGAUCCUAUAAGUAAUCAAAUAGAAUUGUUUAAUAAAUGGUUAGAUAGACAUAGAGAUAUGUGCAACCAAUGGAAUAAUAAAGAGGAAAUGUUAAGUAAAUUGAAUGAAGAAUGGAAUAACGAAAAUAAAGAACAUGAAUUAGGUAUAACACCCUCAACUCAUGAUGAUAUUAAUAGAAUUAAUGAUGAAAAUUAUAAUAUAAUUAAUACAAACACACAAAUAAAUAAUGAACGUAAUGAUAUAACAUCUCUUGAACAUCUUGGAUCUACAAAUAUUCCUCCUAAUGAUAUUACAAGAAACAAUAAUGGAUUUCGUACAAAAAAUUUACGCACAAAUAUAUCUAUGGAUAUACUUAUGGACGAAAAUAAUGAUAUAACAAAUGAAGAUGAUCAGUUGGAAAAUUCGUACAAUUUUUGA